AUGACAAACGACGAGGACAAGUUCACUCUAAACUGCCUUUUGGAACACCAAGAGUCGCCCAUCAGAGUCAAGGCUAUGAAGAACUCACAGGUUAUUGAAUUGCAAAAGCUCGUUUGGCAGCAGUUAGCGAACGCGCUUGCAGGUGUUGAUUCUAACACACUGGCGCUCUGGAAGAUUGAGCGACCAAUUCCUGCAAAUGAACUCAAAGCAUUCGCGAAUGACCUGCCGAUGAAGGACAUCAAGACAAUUGCGAUGAAGCUCGAGCCUCUCGAUGUUAUUUCAACAUCAUUCACGGUGCCGCCUGAUGAUACGUGCCUACACAUUGUUGUGACGGUUCCUGCUGACAAGAAGCGACGUAGGGAGGAGGAUACAGAUACAUCUGUUGCAAAACGUGCAAAGAUUGUUGAAGACCACGAGCACCUCAUCUCGGCCAUAAAGACAAAAUACCCCGCGCCGUCCAUGGGUGCCAAGGUAUCAGAGUUUCGUAAACUGCAGGCCAAUUCUGAGACUCGGAUCAAAAAUGGCCGCCCUUUAGAUUACACCAGUCCUCCUAUCUCCAUCUAUCACCCUGUUUUCGCUGAAUUUCCGGAUCAUGCGGCUGAUCCCAGCACCAUUCCAUCCGCCGACAUCUUGAAAGCAACGCACGAAAUCUUUCAGUUUUCGUCAGAGUUCUAUACGGAUGAGCCGCAGCGGCAGAACAAAAUCAAUGAACUUUUUUGUGAACUGCUCGGCAUGUCCAUCCAUCCGAUGUCGCCGGGCGAUGGGUCCUGUAACGACGGCGCUGUUGUGGCCUUUUGCCCUGUGUUUAACACGAACGCAUUGUGCGCCAUCGUGCAGUACAAGCUCGAAAUGGGGCUCGGUGGGACAGACGCAGCUGUCCAGGGCACAUUGGGUUUCGCGAAAUGGCAGCAGCUUCAGGGAUGGGCAUCUGUCUGCUGCUGUCCCACCUUCAUCAUUGCGAUAGUAGGCCCUUAUGUCUGUAUAUUGGGGGCUGUUAUUGCAGAUGAUGUCCUCGUUGAACCCCUCACUGACUUCCUCUGGCUAGGUGGCACCCCUCAUCUUAACGAACAUGUCGUCACUGCUGCCCGUGUCUUUGAUACUCUGAAGACUUGCUUGGAACAGUGGCAGACCUUCUAUCAGGGUUUACGACUCCCUACCGACAACGCCCGUCUUUUCGUUUACCCCUACUUCAAUUCGUACCGGAAGGACGAUCGGGACGUGCAUCUUACGUACGUGGACCGGAUAGGAUUCAAGGAUGAAAGGGCUAGUCGCGCAUUGUUUGAGGCCAAGACUGAUACCGACAACAGAGUUGUGGUGAAGUUCGUCAAGGAUUAUUCGGCCCGAGGCCAUAAAUUGCUUGCGCAGCACGGUCUCGCUCCUGCACUUCACUGCUUCAAGUCAAUUGGAGGAGGGAUGCAUGUGGUCGUCAUGGAUCUAGUGCAAGUGAAGACCUUGUUUGAACUCGUGUGGGACGACAUCCCCCAAACCAUCCGCCAAACCAUCCUUGACGAUAUCAAGAAAGCUGUAUGCUUGCUGCAUGACGCCGGCUUAGUAUUUGGCGACCUUCGUCCUCCCAAUGUCAUGGUCGUUGAUCAGCCAGAGACAGGACACAAAGGUGCGAUGCUUAUAGACUUUGACUGGUGUGGAGACGAGGGAGAGGCGCGAUAUCCUGCGGUGUUAAAUGACACGCAGAUAACAUGGCACGAGGGCGUUGUCCGUGGUGGUCUUAUACUGAAGGAGCACGACAUGCACCAGCUGGCGAUGCUUGAGCCUCGUAGUACUUAG